CUUUCCACAGUUACGUGAAGAAGUUACAGCACGAUUUCGAAAGCUUGACAGAUUCCAAAAGAAAAAUGAACGGUAAAAUUGUGGCUUUGUUCUUGGUUGUUCUGUGUUGCAUCGCGAUGAUGGACGGAGCGUCAGCGGGUAUAGGUCCACAAUGUCUUUUGCCAUUGGAACGCGGUCCAUGCAGAGCAAUGAUGAUAAGAUAUGGAUACAACCCGGAGACGAAUCAGUGCGAAGAGUUCCUUUUCGGAGGCUGCAGACCGAACGCGAACAAUUUCGCGAAUCUGAACGAAUGCAAAGAAAGUUGUUCCUAAAUACACAGUAUGACAGCAUAAUUAACAAAUACCAUUAAACAUGGUAUAAAUUAGCGCCGUAAAUUUGUAAAUAUAUGAUACGUUAUCGCAUAGAUGUUAAGGAAACAGUUUUUGUACAACAUCUUGUUACAUUGAUUACAGUAUAAUUUACUAGAAAAAUGAUACAAGAUAAAAGUGUUUCAAAGUAGACACGAGAAAGUAUGUAAUCUAACGAAAAUGGUAUAAACCUAUAUUAGGUCGUAACGUGUAGUUAAACAAUUAACUGAGAGUAUAUGAUUGUGUGUUGUCGAAUGCAACGUAUUAAA